AUGAGAUGGAGGAUUCUUGGAACCAUGGUGGCACUCGCCGGCCUGAUCUUGGCAGACCAAGAUCCCUUCAUCAACAGUCAAGCGUUCGACGAUGGCGAGUUUGGUAAAUAUCCCACACAAGAAUAUAAAACAUCCGAUAUCCAUGGGCCACGGCCCAAUUUCCUGACACACUCGGGAAGCUGUUACAAUGAUGGGCUAUAUGUCAUGACGACACCGAGAGGAUAUGCAGUCACGAGUUGUGGUCCAAUGAUCACCGACGAAAAGGGUGCUCUCGUGUGGCUAGAUACGAGGUACACGGCCCCAUAUAACCUAGCCGUGCAGACAUACAAAGGUGAACAAUAUCUAACCUUUUGGGCCGGUGAUGAUGGUGUGCGAGGACAUGGUGCUGGUGUCUACUUUAUGCUCAACUCGCACUACGAGGAAGCAUACAGGAUUGUCGGCGGCAAUGGAUUGGACGGAGACCUCCACGAAUUUCGCAUCACCGAUCAAGACACGGUCUUGAUUACUGUCUACGAAAUCGUACAAGCAGACUUGAGCUCCGUCGGUGGUCCCGUCGAUGGAUGGAUCUGGGAGGGCAUCUUUCAAGAGUUGGACAUCGAGACCAAUGACGUGCUGUUCGAAUGGCGGGCUUCCGAACAUAUUGGCCUUGAUGAAUCUUUUGCCUCCAGAGGCGACAAUACGGGGAUUUCGAGCGAUUCAGCGUGGGAUUGGUUCCAUAUCAACAGCGUGGACAAAGACCCCGAUGGGAAUUAUAUUAUCUCGUCUCGCUAUGUCUGUUCCGUGACUCAUAUCAACGGAACGACUGGUGAAAUUAUUUGGAUUCUAGGCGGAAAGAGCAAUAUGUUCCGUGACCUGUCCGAUGGCAUGGUCACUCAGUUCGCUUCCCAGCAUCACGCCCGAUGGCGAGAUGACUAUACGGCCAUCACCAUAUUUGAUAACGAGAAUCCCGGACCACGACGCCCUAGCAAUGGACUGUACAUCGACCUGGAUGAGACGAAAAUGACGGCCAAGCUCCGAACCAAAUACAAAAGCCCCCAUCCAGAAUUAUCCGAGUCUCAAGGUUCCUUGCAAAUUCUCGAUAAUGGCAAUGUCAUCGUCGGGUAUGGGUAUUUGGGCCAAUAUACCGAAUUUACCAAUGACGGAAAACCCAUAUGCGAUGUCCAUCUCGGGCCUCAGACACAGUAUGGCUCGGGCAAUAUUCAAUCCUACCGCGUCGGAAAGUUUGCCUGGGUCGGCAAACCGAAUUGGCCGCCCGCGAUAGUCCAAGAGGAGGGACAUAUCUACAUGAGUUGGAUGGGAUCUACCGAAGUCUCGCAAUGGAUGAUCGAAGAAGCUGACAGCGUCGACGCGACUGAUGACGAAUUUUCAUACGUCAAGAAGGUCGACAAGAACGGCUUCGAAACCGAGAUCACCAACUUCGGUUCACAAAAGGCCUUCAUUCGUGCUGUCGCCUUGGACAAAGACAAUAAUCGACUCAGCGUUUCCGCGGUUGUUGAACGCGGGCCUCUGGUCGAAGAACCGGACCCUGAACCCAGCCCCGACCCCGAGCCAGCCCCUGCUGGCAAUACCUCUCCCUCCGCCUCCUCCGAGAGUACUGUUGGAAUGAUCAUGCCCAUCUUAAUCGCGCUCAUCAUUUCCACCUGUGUCGCGACCGUCGUCGUGAUCAGUUUGUCUAUACGCAGCGGGAUAAAGUACAGAACCUACCGUCGCGUGGGUACUUCCGACUCGGAGAAGAAAGACCAACAAAUCCAAACCGCGAAGAAAAUCGAGAUUGACGAUUCGGAUACGCUGUCACUAGUUUCGGAGGAACAGCAGCCGAUGAUGCCCAUAGCUGAGCACAGUUGA